AGCAGUGUUUCCUACCGAGAGCCUGAGGAGUGUCUCUGUCAGGGGAGGGGACUUACAUGGAACAUACAUUGGAGCAUCUUUUUCCCUUUAUGUGUGACACAUGUCUUGGACUGUGAGGAUUAUUGUGACCUGGAGAAUAUUGGCAGCAUCAUGAAAGGCUUCCUGUUUUGCUGAAUGUCUGUGAGAGGCAUCAUCAUAACCAUCCUCAGGAUUUGUGACCGUGUGGAUUUGAAGGACCUGGGAUGAUGGAGGGAAGGGGUCUGAUGGAAGAUAAAUAAUAAAAAAAAAGAGACAACUACGAACAACUAGUAGCAAAGCUGAGGAGAAAACUUGACUGGAUUAGGGAGCAAACGCAGGAGAGAUAGUUGAGGAAGGAAGGGGGACAAGAGGAGGCGUGGCAGCGGGGAGAGAGGAAAGGAGAGUGGAUGCAACACACACCCUGAGAUGCUGUGCUGGCUCAGAGAAGACGAGAUGUCGGUACAGGAGCUGCUACAGAGGGUGCAGUGUGUCAUCACUCAUGUCGAUGAGAUCAUGCAGCAGGAGAUCAGGCCCCUGCUGGCCAUGGACAUCAUAGAGCAGCUCCAUCGCCAGUUUGCCUUGCUCUCAGGAGGGCGAGGGAAAGAUGGUGCUCCCAUCAUCACCUUCCCAGAAUACUCAGGCUUCAGUGAAGUGCCAGACGAAGACUUCCAUAAUGUAGUUACUUACCUGACCAGCAUCCCCAGUUUGGAUGCUGCCAGUAUCGGCUUCAUCAUCAUCAUCGACCGGCGGAAGGACAAAUGGAGCUCAGUAAAGGCCUCUCUGUCAAGGAUUGCUGGAGCAUUUCCAGGAAACCUGCAGCUGGUGCUGGUGCUGCGACCCACCAGGUUCUUCCAAAGGGCCAUAGCAGACAUCGGGAUCAAGCUGCACAAGGAUGAUUUUAAAAUGAAGAUUGUGAUGCUGAACUCUCUGUCGGACCUACAAGGUUAUGUUGAAAAAGGCCAGCUGACCCGGGAGCUCGGGGGAAACCUGGAGUACUGUCACAGUCAGUGGAUACAUCACCGAACUGCCAUAGAGAACUUUGCAAUGACGGUGAAAACCACAGCCCAGAUUUUACAGAGGUUUGGGACAGACCUGGCAGAAACAGAGCUGCCCAAUGACGUCCAGUGCACCAAAGAUCUGCUCACAGCACACACGGACAAACACGGCAACCUCAAGGAUGAACUGAAGCUAGGUUUGAAGCAGGGCACCACCUUGUUGGGUUGUAUCAAGGAACAGGCAGCAAAGUCAGAGAAUCACAAACUGAACCCAGACGAGAUGGAGAACCAGACCACUGUAGAGAGGCUCCUUGCCCAGCUGGAUGAGACGGAGAACGCCUUUGAACAGUUCUGGUGUAAACACCAUCUAAAACUGGAGCAGUGCCUGCAGCUACGCCACUUUGAACAGGACUUCAGAGAGGUCAAAGUGUCUCUGGACAGUUUGAGGGACAGUUUGACGAGCCUCUCAGUUAUCGAGGAUUGUCUGGCCAGAGUUGAACACCUGCUAAAAGAACUGAAAACAUUGGAGGAAAAGGCUCAGCCUACACUAGAAAAGGCCCAGCUCCACGCGCUGCACGGUGACCAGCUGAUCCAGAGCAACCACUACGCCGUGGACUCCAUUCGACCCAAAUGCGUAGAGCUGCGGCGCGUCUGUGAUGACUUCAGCAACGAGGCCAAGCAAAAGACGGAUGUCUUGUCCAAAAGCUUGCAGAUACACAUGGGCAUUGAAAAGGUAAACCAGUGGUGUGAGUCUGGCAUCUACCUGCUAGCCUCCCAGGCUGUGGAUAAGUGUCAGUCACAGGAAGGGGCAGAGUCAGCGCUGACCGACAUCCAAGGCUACUUGGUGUCAGCCGAAAAGAACCAGCUGACUGAACUGAGGAACCUCCAUAACCAGUAUGAGGUUGUGCUGUCGGAGGAUAUCAAGGCCAGUGUCCUGAAAGCACUGAAGCGCCUGGAGGAUGUCCAAGAAAUGUUUGAGAAGCGGCAAAUCAGCCUGAAGAGACUGUCGGCUAAACAGACGAGGCCCGUCCAGCCCGUGGCCCCGCGGCCUGAGUCGUCUCCCAAACGGCCCCCACUGAAGAACCCCGCCAGGACUACAGGGAACCAGCAGCCGCUGGCUCGCAGAGCAUCGGAUAUCUCCAACAGCAGCAAGCAGCCAGCCGAAGCUGAUCCUAACAAGAAGAAGAUCAUACGCAAGGCCAGGGGAGGCAUCAAGAUUGAGGUGAUGCAUGAGGAAAGCCAAGGAGGUUCCACCCACGUCGUGUUAACGAAUGAGACAGAGGAGAGUUUGUCCAACAGACGCAGGCACAUAAUGACUGAGCUCAUUGAAACAGAGAGGCUAUAUGUGGAGGAACUGCAAAGCAUCAUGGAGGGUUAUUUUGCAGAGCUAGAUAACUCAGAGCUCAGCCACCUCACACCCCCCUCCCUGGAGAACAAAAGAGAUGUGCUGUUUGGCAACCUGCCAGAGAUAUAUGAAUUUCACAACAGGACAUUUCUGAAAGAGCUGGAGAACAGUAUAGAGAAACCAGAGCUGGUGGGAACCUGCUUUCUGAAAAGGAAAGAAGAGCUCCAGGUGUAUCAGAAGUACUGUCAGAACAAACCCCGCUCUGAAGUCCUCUGGAGACAGUGUGGAGACAGUCUCUUCUUUCAGGAAUGCCAGAAGAAACUGGACCACAAACUCUCCCUGGAUGCCUACCUGUUAAAGCCUGUCCAGAGGAUCACCAAAUACCAACUCAUGCUCAAGGAGAUGUUAAAAUGCAGUAAAAGUGAGGGCAUGGCUGAGCUGGAGGAGGCUUUAGCGACCAUGUUGGAUAUCAUCAAGUCUGUCAACGACUCCAUGCACCAGAUAGCCAUCACAGGCUUUGAGGGAAACCUGAGUGAGCUGGGGAAGCUGCUGAUGCAGGGAUCUUUUAGUGUGUGGACUGACCACAAGAGAGGCCACAGCAAGGUGAAGGACCUGGCCAGGUUUAAGCCCAUGCAGAGGCACCUUUUCCUGUAUGACAAGAUGCUGCUGUUUUGUAAGAAGCGAGAGGAGACCACCGAGGGACAUGAGAAGACCCCAUCCUACAGCUUCAAACACUCACUCAAGAUGAGCGCUGUGGGCAUCACAGAGAACGUCAAAGGAGACAGCAAGAAGUUUGAGGUGUGGUACAACGGCAGAGAGGAGGUUUACAUCAUCCAGGCUCCUUCCAUGGAUGUUAAAAAUAUGUGGGUGUCAGAGAUUCGCAAAGUUCUUACAGGCCAGCUGGAGGCAUGCAGAGAGGCCAGCCAGCUCAACAUCUAUGGAGUCCCCAUGAGCAGGAGUGUGCGGAAGCUGGCGCUGAGACAGUCUGAUUCAUCAAGUCCAGAGUCAGGCUUCAGGAGGAGCAACCCCAGCCCCAACAUGAGACAGAAGAGAGUCGAUGCUUCCGCCAGCCAAUCAGGCAACUCGGUUGCUAACGCUAGGAAACGCUUCACAUUGCAGGGACUUUCCAACAGGAGGUCUCUCCAAUCAGAGCCUGCUGCUAAGGAGGCGGAGGUCCCCCGCCGCUUCUCUCUCACCUCCUCUCUUGCCUCCUCCACUUCCUCCUCCUUCGCCACGCGACGCACAAAAGGUCCCCUCUCCUCUAGCAUAAAGAGCAAGAGACACGAGAUAAAGAGCGAUCCCACUCCAUUUGGUUACGAAGAUACUUUGCGUGGUGCAAUGGCUGCAGCCAGGAAACGUCAGAGUAUGACUAGCAACACUGCUCCCGCUGCUGGCAGGGCCCCAGCUGUCCCUAGAUCCACCUCCCAACCAGGCUGGACACAGCGGCGUCUCCCUUCCAUGGACACAGAGGACUUUGAGACAAUCCCCUCCAGUGCAGAGGAAUCCUCCAACUCUUCAGAAGAGGAAGGCAACCAUAAAAAUGGUGACAGCAGUCGUUUCCGGGUGCAGUUGACUUAUGAGUCCAAUGAAGCACGGGAAGUCCCUCUGGAGACCGCUGACCUGGUCCAGUUUCUGGAGGAAGCGGAGAACGGACACUGGCUAGUGAAGAACCUUUUAACAGAGGAGACAGUGCUGGCUCCGUCCAGUACGCUGCACACAGCACCUGAACGAGAUAUCUUCAGUGAACUGUGUACAGCAGCUCUCUCCGACUCAGAUGAAAAUGAAGCCAGUACGUGUGGAACUGUGUCUCAGGACAGCAGCUAAACAUGGCUGACUAUUGUUGUUCAUUACGCUGGAUGACAAACAUUUUGUUGUAUCACAAACAUGACUGAUAACUCUAUAACUACAGUUUUUAAACUGUAAUUUCUUAAGCUGGACUUGAAAUGUCAAUGACUAUUAGUUUUUUUCAAACAUGUAGCCAUAUUAGUCUACAAAUAUGGCCUGUUGUUGUUUUUAAACCAACGUUUUUCAAGCUUCUCAGUGAAGUCUCCAAAAAGUUGGAACCGUAACAGGCCUGAAUGUGACCCCGGGGAAGCCAUACAAGUAUUUGAGCUCAACCAGCUGUUGUGUCUGGGGCCUGAAGACUGACAGACAUGGACACUGAAAUUAACAUCCAAAUGUGGAUGAAUUCUGAUUAAAUACUGUAGAAAAUACAGUGGCUGGGCUGGAUACCUGAAGUGUCAGAUUCCAUUUUUGACUUUUAUAACCACAGGAAAAAGUGAUCACCUCCAUGUGCUGGUUGUGAGCAGGCCUUGGCAUGAUGCCCUGUUUUGCUGCUACACUGCGCUGAUGCAAAUCUCUUAGAGACCAGGUUCUGCCUCUGCUGCCUCGCUUCAUCUGCUUCAUCUGCUCCAGGUUGAAAUUACCGACCCUCCACAGCAGCUGCAGUCUCCAGAAGAAACUACAAGUUGUCCUGCUUGCCUUGCUUCAGUAGAUAGUCCCUAGUAGAUAUAUUGCCAUUAAGUUACAUCAGAUGUUGUAUAUUAUCUCAACGUGCCCUAUCUCACACCCUGUACAUUUGCAAAUGAUCUAUAUAAAUUGCUCAAAGAAGUUGAAAGAUAUCACCAUUUUAUAUAGGCAUUUACAAUCCAGAUAUUCUUCUUGGUUUACUAUGUCUGGACAGAACUUGUAUUAUAUCCUGUUUGUUGGGUUUUUAGACAUUCUGGGUCAAAAACUGUCUUAUAAAGUUGACAAUGCUACCAUGUUAGCACAUACUUUACUAUUAGACAUCAAGCAGAUAUGGGGUUACAUUGGAAUUCAGUUGGUUCUGGCAACCUGACUAAUGUAAAUCACAUGUGAACUUUCUUGCUGUGUUUUAGUCUAUACACAGCUGUUGUAAAAAAUAAAACUGUAUGCAUUUUCUGUGUAGAGACAUAGACUAGUUCCUAACUUUGUUUAUCUGCCUUCUGGUGCCAAGCAAGGUACUGUGAUGCUUGAGGACAGCUUGCCCAAAGCAUCCAGAGACAAGGCUGAUGAGAGUGGAAGCACCAAAACAACCAAAACAGUGAGCUAAAAUAGGCUAUACUGAUACACAGUCAUUUAACUCACCGUUUAGUCAAAUGUAUUGAUUGGUGCAGCUUGCUACAGUCUGUCAAAGGUGCAUCAAUUGAAGCCAAUGAGAGCUAAAUUACAUUGCAGCAGAAAUAAAUCCAUCAUAAUGUGUUUUCCAGUUUAUCUUUACACAUAUAUGGUGAAUCACAGACGGAAGAAGCCAAAUGGCUUUUGAUGAAUUAAGCGUAACUGUAACACAUCAAUUCUGUAGAUGGAUGGGGUGCUGUUGUAAAUCAUGUGUCAGGAAACAGAUUGAUUUCUCUGACAUGUUAUUCUACUUGGACUCAUCUGCACAUAAUGGGGUUUUCACUUUUUUAGCACAUACUCUGCUGUAUGUUGUGAGAAACAUCUCGAAAUGUUUGGCUGUUGCCUCCAAGUGAUUUUUCAGGGAAAUGCUUUUUUUUUUGCAAACAGUACCCGGGUUGUUUCCUAACAUCAGCAGGUGAAAAUAGCACUGCACACUGGAUGCCAGGAGGGCAUUGUAGUAAAUGUGUAAAGAUCAAUUUGUACAACUGCUGUAUCACUCUCAGAGGCUUUACAAUAUUGUAUUUCUACUGACGGACAGAAUUGUGCGGAAUAUUCACUGAUAAAUCCAAAGCAGCACUGUGCACUGUAUUCACAAACAGAUGAAGCACGGCAUGUUGCAGGAAGGAGCCCAAAGGUUUCAUAUGUGUAAAUGUGUAGAUGACAGCUGCUUCGAUUUGCAGACUGUAAGUUAUUAGAAAAAAAAGAAAGGAAACUGAAAGGAUGUAAAAAAAGGAUAAAUAUUCACCUAGUGAUUGAAUACAUGUCAGAAUGUAAGACUUAGUUACUCUGGAAGAAAGUUACAGUUAAGUCUUUGAAGACAAGUCAGAGUUGUAAUUACCCUGACCUUUAUAAGCAAGUAAAGAUGGAUGGAUGGAUGGAUGGGUUAUCGAUUUGAAAGGUGGAUGAUGGAUGGAUGGAUGGAUGGAUGGAUGGAUGGAUGGAUGGAAGAAUGGAUGCAUCAAUGUUGCAACUGGUGGGUGGGUUUAUGGAUUGAUGGUUGGAUACCUCGGUAGACUUGUGGUUGGAAGGAUGGAUGGAUGGAUCAAAAGAAAGACAGCAAUAUAAAGAUUUAAAGAUUCCCUGGUUACCAGAGGGCAGAACUCUAUUACACUUCAUACACAUUAAUAUUAGUCUGGUUGUAAAGUCACACUCUCUUGAACAUACUGUAUAUUAUCCUCAUCCUGUGUUUAUUGAAAAAUGUUGUAUCUUUGUAAAGAAAAUAUUUCAGUUGAAAUGCAUCCUGCAAUUUAAUUGCCAUUAAACAAAACUAUAGAAUGUAUCCAAUCUGUAUAUUGUAUCUGUCAUUGUAAUGCACAUAUUGCUUCAUUGUGAUAAUAUGCAAUGACAAUA